GUUUUUUUAGUUUAAUAAUAUAUAGCAAUAAUGUUUCAUAACAAACUUAGCAAGUUUCUGCAAACCAAGAAAAAACAAAAAAGAAAUUGAAUUUUAACAGUAAUGUGUAACAAAUUAUAAUGGAGGUUGUAUCAGAAAACUUGAAUAUUUUAUGUGAAAAAAAGCAACUUUCACCUUUACAUCUUCUAGCUAUCAAUGGCAAUAAGCAGUUGUUGCAGGAUCAUUUAAGUUCUGGCAAAUGGAAUAUAAAUGAAGUUGAUCAUAUGGGAAGAACACCUCUUAUUUAUAGUAUACUUGGUGAUCAAAUAGAUUGUGUUCUUUUGUUAUUAAAAGAAGGUGCAAGCAUAGACGAUGUUGAUAUUGACGAAAGAACAGCUUUACACUGGGCAUCUUAUCAAGGAAACCAUAGACUUGUAAAAAUUUUACUUUCAAAAGGUGCAAAUAAAACAAAGUGUGAUAAAGAAGGAAAAACUCCUCUUCAUUUCUCAACAAGUCACGAUAACAUAAAAGUAAUGCAUUGUCUUGUAAAAUCUAUGAAAAAGGAAGAAAUAGAUAUUCCAGAUUAUCAAAAAAUGACUGCUUUGUGCUGGAGUGUUUUUUAUGGAAGAAUUGAUUAUGUAAAAUUAUUGUUGAGGUAUGGUGCAUCAACAAAAAGUUUUGAUAAAGAGCAACGUACACUUUUACACUGGUGUAGUGAAAACAAGGAUGCAUCUAUUCUUAAUAUAUUAUUGGAAGAGGAUAAUACAACCCUAAACAGACAAGAUUCUGAUAAUCGAUCUGCUUUACAUAUGUAUGUGGGACAGUCAAGUUAUUGUUUAGUAAAAAAUGUUCUUACAAAAGAUGGAAUUGAAAUUAAUAUACGUGAUAAAUUUGGAAGGACACCAUUACACUGGGCUGCAGUUCUUGGGAAUACAAAAAUUGUAUCUCUUCUUCUUGAUAAUGGAGCAGAUUAUAAUAUAGGAGAUAACAAUGGUGUUCGCCCACUUCAAUAUGCGGCACAAAACAAUUUUUACGAAACUGUUAAAAUAAUGCUGGAGAAAAAAGGUGUUAAAGAUAUACCUGAUAAUGAACACAGCACAGCAUUGAUGUGGGCAGCUAUGAAAGGAUGGGAUAAAGUCCUUGAAAUUUUACUCAGUAAAGAAGUUUCACAUGUAAAUGCAAUUGAUAUUCAUAAACAAUCAGCUCUUCAUAUGAGUACGCAAGGUGGUCACUUGAAUUGUGUUAAAUUACUGAUUAAAUAUGGUGCUGAUGUGAAUCUACCUGAUGGCAAGCAGCAUAUUCCUCUUUUUUAUGCAUGUGCUUCAGGAAAUACUGAGAUUGUUAACGAAUUACUGAAGCACUGUUCUCCAAGAAGUUUAGAAGAAUGUGAUUUAGAAGGAAGAUGUCCCCUUCAUUACGCUGCUAUGGUGGAUCGAACAGAUAUUAUCAAAAUAUUGAUGCAGAAUCAGCCCAACCCUAAUAUAAAGGAUAAUGCAGGCUGUCCUCCACUCCAUUUUGCAGCAUACGGUGGAUUUGUGCAUUGUAUGAGUGUUCUUUUAGAAAAUGGGGCAAAUGUUAACAAUCAAGAUAAUGAAGGUAGAACUGCUUUGCAUUGGGCUUGCAAAUCUGGAUCUUUAGAUGCCGUAAAACUACUAGUCUCUCGUUUUAAUGCUAAAGUUAAUGUUUUAGAAUUCAACGGAGGUCAACUUUCAGCUUUGGAUUAUGCUUAUCUUGAGGAUCAUCAAGACGUUGCAUUUUAUCUUACUGAAAAUAAUGCAUACACUGGUGCAUUUCUAAAAGAUUUUUCUGCCUCAAAAAUUCAAGCAAUAUGGAAAGGUUAUAAAAUUAGAAAAAUUAUGGAUUCUAUUAAACAUCAUAACUUACAUAACAACUUUUAUAAAAAAUCACAUAAGAGUUCAAAUUAUAAUACCACAAAUAAACAUAUUAAAGAAAAGUAUUGCAAAGGAAAUUUUCAAACUCUUGAAGAUAUCAUUACUGUUAACAAAGUCCAACAUAACUCAGGAGUAUACAAUGUUAUAGAUUCAUCCUUUGAAAAUAUGAAAAGUUCACGCAGUAGCAUUUCUUUCCAAAGCACAUCUCCAAAGUCUUCAUUAUAUGGUAUAGCAAAUGAUAAUUUUGUAAAGCCAGAGUAUUUGCAAGGACCAAAGUUUUUACAAGUUAAUGAGAAUCCUUUAUCAUUAAGAAAAAGUAAUCCAAGUUCAGUUAUCAGUGUAAACCUUUCUAAUGAUAUAUACAAAACUUAUAAUGACAAAACAGUAAAAGAAAACAAUGACAGAUUUUUUGGCCUCCAUCAAGAUUCUAAAUUACCUGGCAGUGACUGCCAUGAUAUUAACAGCAAUAUUCUACAAAAGUCACAAUUUACAAAUAAAGACAUAAAUAAUAACACAAGUCAUAAAAAUUUAAAGGAAUCUGCCCUUCAAACUCUUCCAGGUGCUAAUAUAGUCAAUAAUAAUUAUUAUAACAAAUCAUACAGUAGAUAUGGUAUCAAUAAUGAAAGUACAUCAAAUUCUCAAUUCUCAACAAACUCUACUUCAACCAAUGAAAUGAGAUCAAAAUGUCAAUCAUCUAAGACUUAUUACAAAGAUAUUUCAUCAAAAUAUCGACCAUCUUCCAGCAAUAGUAAAGAGUACUUAUCAAAACAUCGAUUAUCAAACAAUGAUGAAUUUUCUUCCAACAAUAAUAAAACACUUUUUAAACAUGAUGCUACAAGUCAUUCUUUCCUGUCACCUACAUCAAGAAAAAGCAGCACACCAACAGAUAAUGCCAAAUUUACAAAAACUUUAAAUAAAAAUAUAUCCUCUCAAGAUACAUCAUCUUCUAAAAAUAGCUCUGUAUUUUUUUUAUGUUGUACUAAUGAUGUAAAUAGCCCAUGGAGUAAAUUUAAACGAGAUCAGCAGCGAAUUACUAUGAUAAGAAAUAAAAUUGAUGCAGCAGUGAAGAUACAACGUUUUUAUAGAAAGUUUGCAAAAAAAACUAAUGAUAAUGUUGAAAGGAAAGAUGUUGAGACAAGUGUUAUGAAUAAACAUAUUGAACCUUUAAACUGUAUCAUGGUUUCAAACUCAGGCUCUUCAGUUUUUACUGAAAAUGAAGAUGUAUCAAAUGAUGACAAUCUCUACGAAGUUGCUGCUUUGGUUAUUCAGCUAGCUUGGAGAGAAUAUCUUAAAAAACAACUUAUGGUAACAAUAACCAGAUAUGAAAGUACUAAUAGUGACUUGUCAAAUGAAAGUUCAUUAGAAUCGCCAAUUUAUCAAAAUGAUAUUUUAGAAGAUAAACAUAUUCAAGUAACAACUGAACAAAGUAGACAAUUUAGAAAACCCAAAUUACAAUCAAAUGAAAAUAGUUCAUUUAAAAAAUCUGUUAAUAUGUCUGUGAAAAAAAAACAUCUUUUAGCUACUCUUUCUUAUGAACAAAAAUCUCCAUAUGCUGUAAGUGUAGGUGCCAAAAGUGUUUCAAACGGAAACAAGAGUCAACACUACCAGUGUAUUUAAAUCAAACAAUUAUUACAACAGUUUUUAUUUGUGGAAAUUGUUGUUUAAUAAACUGCUUCUUGUUAUUGACAACUGUUUUGUUAGCAAUCAUCGUGUAAUUAAUAAAAGUGUUUUGUGUUGUGGGUGCAUAUAUCAAUACACUUGUUGAUAUUUGUAACUAUGAUAUUAUGAGCACUGCUAAGAUUGACUAUUGUUGAUAUAAUCAAUUUUUGAUGACUAUUUUUGAUGCAACUAUUUUAUAAUUGGAGUGUAUUGUCAAUGAUAUUUUGAUAUAAUUGACAAUGUCUGUUUACUUAUCUAUGACUGCGUAUUUUGCAUUCUGCAAAUUAGCAAUUUUUAAAAUAUUUUUUAUAGAGAUUUUUAUUUUUAUAAACAAUUGUAAAGUAACUUUGAAAGUAUUUAUUGACAUAUUUAUUGACAUAUUUAUUUUGUACUUGAAAAAUAAUAUUUAAAUAUUUCAUCAUCAAGUAUUUCUUUAGAAUUUCUGUAUUAUUUUUAUACUAAGCAAUAAAAUUGGAUAGUAUUAGACA